GCAGAUCGCGGUAAGCUCACCGUCCACCAUUGCUGUAACAGUGUGCCACCAAGCCCAGCUUCCAUGGAUUCCAUGGGUCGGAGUCUCACGCGGCUUCUCCUAGGGCUCCUGCUACUAUGGUUCAAUUGGUGCUUGGCGGUUGGUUGCGGAGGCGCGGAGGAAGGGGGCGGGGCGUUUCCGGUGGUGGUGAGCACCUGGCCGUUCCGGGAGGCGGUCAGGGCGGCGUGGGAGGUGGUCUCGGCCGGUGACGUAGGGGGUUCGGCCGAGGAUGCUAUCGUCGCCGGCUGCUCCGCCUGCGAAGCGCUCCGCUGUGAUGGCACAGUUGGUCCAGGUGGAAGUCCUGAUGAGAAUGGCGAAACUACAUUAGAUGCUCUUAUCAUGAAUGGGGCAUCGAUGGAAAUUGGAGCGGUGGCUGCCAUGAGAUAUGUUAAGGAUGGAAUUAAGGCAGCAAAGUUGGUCAUGGAGCAUAGCAAGCAUACACUGCUUGUCGGAGAGAAGGCAACAGCCUUUGCAAUUUCAAUGGGUCUUCCAGGACCAACUAACCUCAGUUCACCAGAGUCUAUUGAGAAAUGGGCAAACUGGAGACAGAACAACUGCCAACCUAACUUCUGGAAAAAUGUUGCUCCUGCUGGUAACUGUGGCCCAUACCAUCCUAUCAGUUUAGCCUCAGUUGAGGCUGAGGACUCUGGAAAGCAUGUGGUAGAGGGGAGUCAGGGACAUGUCUGCCAUGGAUGGUUCCAAAGUGAUAAUUUACUGGAUCCAAUAAACUCCCAUUUGAAGUUUGUUAAUCGUCACAACCAUGAUACAAUCUCUAUGGCAGUAAUUGACAAGAUGGGUCACAUAGCAGUUGGGACAUCAACCAAUGGUGCUACAUUUAAAAUUCCAGGAAGGGUAGGUGAUGGACCAAUACCAGGAUCUUCUUCAUAUGGUGAUGAUGAAGUCGGAGCUUGUGGAGCAACUGGCGAUGGUGAUAUUAUGAUGCGCUUCCUUCCAUGCUAUCAAGUGGUAGAGAGCAUGCGACGAGGGAUGGAGCCUCAAGACGCUGCCAAGGAUGCGAUAUUAAGAAUUGCCCGUAAAUACCCGGAUUUCAUUGGUGCUGUAUUUGCAAUCAACAGGAAAGGAGUGCAUGCCGCGGCAUGCCAUGGAUGGACAUUCCAAUACUCUGUAAGGAAUUCCAACAUGCAGGAUGUGGAGGUCAUUACAGUAUAUCCUUAAAAUGGCAGUUCAUGCUGAACAUUGUUUUCUUCAUGGACGCUCCUGAUGUAGCAAUGCCCUGUGGGGAUAUUCUGAUGAUUUUGUAAAGUCGAAUUGUUCUGAAGCCGACAUCUUGUUAUAUGGUAGCAAAUUGGAUGCACCCUAGUCGGAUUUUUAAACAUGUUGAAAGGCUUCCAAACCUUUUCUUUUGGAAUUUCGCAUGUUUCAGAGUAGUUUGUAGAAAAGUUAAAAUUGCAUA